UCUACAAAUUAUCUUGCAAAACUGUUAAUAAUUCCUUCGUGCUUCAGUGCUUGCAAAAAACUGUGAUUUAGAAAACUAUAAGUUGUCCCACAAACUUGCAACUGAUUGCAGUUUGCUUUUAGAGGUGAAAGGGUUUAAAAAAAUCAAAUUGAAGAACAAACAAAGCUAAUAUGCAACAAAAACUUCUGAAAUUAUUACUUUGUCAGCUUAUGAUUGGACAAUGGCGUCUUGUCGAUUGUAUUAACUUCUCACAUAUAAUUGAAUUAUCAGACCAAGUUCGACAGAGGGAAGAAAUUCGGACGAUGAUAGUUUUUUCACAAAAGAAAUUCAUAACCAAUUUGACAGGAUUCGAGGAGCUAUUGAGACAUGAAAGCUCUAUUCUUCCUCUGAUCCUGAUCGGGGAAGACUACACUGAAAAUGAGGCCUUGGAAAAGAUAGUUGGUCUAUGGUCAAUUGUAAUGGUCUUCAUGGAUAACAUUGAUAACCACAAAAUGAUCUUAUUGCUAAAUGAGACGCUCCGUGAGAUGCGUUCGUCCAAGAUGCUACUAGUUCUAGAGAGCCCUCCAUCAGAUUCGAAGUCGUUUUUGACUUUUUUUCAGACUUGUCGCCGUUUGGGCAUUGUCAAUAUCGUCGUAAUGUAUGAUGAUCAAGUUUUCACUUACGAACCGUAUCCCCAUGUAAGUUUAGCUAAUAUGACUUCGGCACCCAUUGAAGACUUUUAUCCGGACCGUAUGUAUGACUUGAAAGGCUAUCUCUUUCGUACACCAAUUCAGCAAGAUGGUUCUAGAGUUUUUAUCUAUAAGGACAAACAUGGAAACGAAAAGGUAGCCGGGACGAAUGCGAACCUGUUUAAAUACUUCGUGCAGCGACACAAUGGAACUUACGAACGAAUUGUCGAAAAUCAAACUGGUUUUGAAAUAAGCCGUGGCUUGUCACUUGUUCGCCAGGGCUUAUCCGACAUCCUGAUGCAUUCGUACACAUCUUUUUCACCGGACAAUAUCGGUCGCAGUUAUCCGUUUGCUCAAAUUGAAUGGCUAAUAGUGGUUCCAAUGAUGGGGGAGAUUCCUGUUUAUCGGUACCUGAUUUUGCCAUUCGACUAUGAAGUUUGGGUUUGCCUUGGACUUAGUUUCGUGUACAUUUCGUUGGCCAGUUACUUGACGAGGCUGUAUUGUCAGCAUUUGGGGGAAUACGGUCCAGCGUUUACCCGGAGUUUUGCUGAAUUUCUCUACCUUUCGUCGACAGACCUGUCGUGUAAUUUACGCACGUUGGUCUUCGAAAUGCAAAUCUUCAUUUACGGCUUGAUGUUGACCAACAUCUAUAUGGCCUUUCUCUCGGCCUUUCUGACCACAUCGGUUCAGGACAAGCAAAUCGACACCGUGGAGGAUUUGUUGCAAAGUGGCUACAAGAUUGUAUCGAUAUUGUACGAAAUUAAUUCGGUGAAGCACACUAACGGAUACAAUAAGCGAUACGAUAGCAUUUUCUACGAACAGAAGAUCGAUUUCAUCAAUGAGUAUCGAAAAAGUCUAAAUAAGACGUUUGGUUUCGUCUUUACGAGUGAUCGGGCGAGAUUCUUUUUGGGACAACAGAAGUAUUUGGAAAAGAAACGGAUGCAUAUAGCAAAGAGUACAUUCGGAUCCUACUUUUUGAUAUUUCUCAUGCAAAAAGAUUCACCAUUUCGAAUGAAUUUUGAUACGAUUUUACUGCAGCUAUCCGAUACAGGGUUGUAUAAGAAAUGGGAAGAGGAUGUUUUCAUUCAUGCAGUGGCCACAAAGUAUCUGCAGAUAUUUCAACCGGAACCGGAAGAAGUUUUUAGGCCAUUGACAAUUGAUUAUUUAGGUGUUGGCUGGGCUACGCUGGGAAUUGGAGUUGGAUUAUCGGUUGCGGUGUUCCUGGGAGAGAUGGGAAGAUUUCAGAUUGUCAGGAUUAUUCGCCGGAUGUUAAGGAAAUGAUUGAACGAUAAGCUUUUUGAUUUAUUUUCUUGAAUUCUGUUACUUUGUUGUAAAAUCAUCUAACCAUCGUUUUUCUGUUGCAAUUGAAAAGUGUCUUUAAAGAAACAAAGUUCGUUUUAGUUGCUUGAAUUUCGUUUUGUAUACUUUAAAUUUACUUGAAAUUGUAAAAUUAUGCACCAUAAUAGUUCUUUUUAAAAGAUUAAAGUUUAAAGAAAAAUAUUCA